AUGACAGCCAAGCUAUUCAUCGGAACAGUCGUCAACCCGCUCGCAUUGGGCGAGAUACAAAUCCUUGAGAACGUUGCAGUGGCUAUCAACAAAUCCGGUAAUAUCACUUCAAUAACAGCUCCCAAUUCACCAGACUACGAACGAACUGUCACAUGUGAGUCAAUCGUUCGACUACCAAAACACGCGUUCAUUAUCCCAGGGUUUAUUGACUGCCAUAUACAUUCACCACAAUACAAAUAUGCCGGUACGGGUACUGACGUACCAUUGAUGAAUUGGCUGAACAAGUACGCAUUUCCGACAGAGCGUCGAUUUUUAGAUGACGCAGAUUUUGCUACCAAGACAUACAGUCGUCUUAUUAAGCGCUGUUUGAGCAAUGGAACCACUACCGCAUGCUUUUUUGCCACCAUCCACCUCUUUCCUACCCUAAAUUUUGUAAGUCUUAUACGGGAAGCCGGCAUGAGGGCGUUUGUUGGUAAAGUUAGUAUGGAUCAGAAUUCACCCGAGUAUUAUAUAGAGGACACCAACAAAGCAAUUAGCGCUGCAGAUGAAUUCGUAAAGGCAGUCCUUGAGACAUCUAGUGAUGCUAGUACGUCUCUAGUUACACCAGUCAUCACACCUCGCUUUUUGCCUACUUGUUCUCCUCAGCUGUUAAAGGGCUUAGCUGCCAUUGCAAAGAAAUAUGAUGUUCCUAUUCAAAGUCACAUGUCAGAGGCAUUGGAUGAGAUAGAGUACGUGCAUCAGCUGUAUGGUAAACCUGACCCAGAGAUAUUUGCUGAGAAUGGACUCUUGACCCGCAAGACAAUAAUGGCACACUCAAUACACUUAUCGGAUGAUGACAUCAAAAACUUGCGUGACCAUGGUACAGGGAUCGCACAUUGUCCACUUUCCAACUACUUUUUUGCUGAUGGGAUUCUUCGCACUCGACAUCUACUUCGCAGCGGCAUUAAGAUUGGAUUAGGUAGUGAUAUUGCGGGUGGGUAUUCCGUUUCGAUAUUGGAGAACAUGAGGCAUGCUGUCAUAUCUUCAAAGAUACUUGCGUCACAGCGGAAGCGAACCAUUGGAACAGCCAACAAGGAGAGCGAUGAAACUGACGAAAUCAGCUACAAGGAUGCUUUUUAUCUCGCUACGGUGGGUGGUGCCCAGGUUCUUAAUAUCGAUCAUGUUGUUGGUACUAUUGAGGUGGGUAAAGCAUUUGACGCAAUAAUAGUACACUGUGCCGAUGAUAAUGGAAACGGCAUCGGUGGGAUGGAAAUUUGGAGUGAUGACACGGUAGAAAGUCUUUUUGAAAAAUUUAUUAAUCUGGGUGGAGUCGAAAAUAUAAAAUCAGUCUAUGUGGCUGGUAAUAAAGUGGUGUAA